AUGUUUGCUAUUAUUGUGGAAAAUGACAAUGAUGACAGGUUAAAUGCAAAGGCGGGGUCAGAGACCCAGAGAUACACAACUGGUAGGUCCAGAACUAAAGCCUGUUUUUAUGGUACAGGACUCGUCGAAAGUCAAAAUCAAAAAUCAGAAAGCGAUUCCGCAUUCUUUUAUAGACUGAAAGUAACAUUUGGUGCAGCUUUGCCUGCUACUUAG